CCCUAUCAGCAUUACUAUUACUAGAGUUAACUCGGUUAGUAAAUCGUAAAGUAAAUUAGCAUCGGGAAAUGACAGGUCAUGAGUCAGAGCCUACUCGGUCUAGGCCCUACUGUUUCUCCAGGGAACAGUCCUUGUGCGACACAAACCGUGACCAAGAAAGAUAUUGCUAAGCAGUUUGCGCUGCCAGAACGACAGGCGAAGGUCGACCAGCUUGUUCGCAACAUGCCGUCGCAACACACCGAAUCCAACGCAAUCAAAUAUUGCAUAUGCAGAUCCACGGAUACCUCGAGGUUUAUGAUAGGGUGUGACAACUGCAACGAGUGGUUCCAUGGAGACUGCAUCAGUGUGACACAGGAGCAUGCCAACAGCAUCAGACAGUUCUUCUGCGAAAUGUGCAGAGAACGCAAUCCGAACCUGCGCAUCAAAUACAAGAGCAAGAAGUCGAAGCACGAGUCGCACCGCCACUUGGUGGAGAACAGCGGCAGCGACAGCGACUGGCCCGCCAGUUCCUCGAAACACUCAAAGAAGUCGGCGCGGCGCGACGACAGCGAGCGACGCGGCGGUGAGUCGAUCGGUCGAUGCGGAGGCGAGUGCGCUGCCGCCACGUCCAGACCGAACUGCGCGACCUGCGACUUCUGGCAAGGACAUGCGCAAGUUCGGCGGACCCAACAAAAUUCGGCAGAACAGUGCCGCGAAGGCAGUGCAAGAAUCUGCCUGCUGACGGGUGGAAAACCUGGGAAGCUGAAACCGUUCGAGCGACCUAUGCCGAGCGUUUUUGCCACCACGGAAUACGAGGGCAGCACCGAUGCUUUCCGCCACGUGGGAGGUGGCGCCGGUGGCCAGUCUCAGCGGCGCGCAAAGAGCUCGGCUCACUCGAAGAAGUACCAUCGGUCGCGGGCGCGCGCGGAGGAGGAGGAAGACGAGGAUUGGGAGGAGGAGCCGCAGUCACGCCUCAAGAAGAAGACCAAGUACAAAAAGGCGGCGGCGGGGGAGGCGGCGAGCGACGCCGUCGUCGUGCAGUGCUUCGGGCCGGGAUGCGUCGAGGAGGCGCGGCCCGGAUCCAAGUACUGCAACGACGAGUGCGGCAUGAAGAUGGCGAGCAGCCGUAUCUACGAGCUGCUGCCGCAGCGCAUCCAGCAGUGGCAGUCGUCUCCCUGCAUCGCCGAGGAGAACAACAAGAAAACGCUCGAGAAGAUCCGGCGGCGGCAGCAGGACGCGCGGCGCCACCUGGGGGAGCUCGACGUUCGGCAGCAGGAGCUGGAAGCGCACAUGGAGCGAGCGCGCCACGCCGCCGUCGCCAACGACGACGAGGGAGCGACGGACAAUGAGAGUGAGGAGAGCGAGUUGAACAUAUUCUGCGUUACUUGCGGCCACGAGGUGAACGCACGCGUCGCGCUGCGACACAUGGAGAAAUGCUUUGCCAAGUACGAGAGCCACACGUCGUUUGGGUCCAUCUACAAGACGCGCAUCGAGGGACAGUCGAUGUUCUGCGACGCGUUCAACGAGAACAACAAGACCUACUGCAAGCGACUGCGCGUUCUGUGUCCGGAACAUUCCAAGGAACCGAAGGUCGGGCCGGACGAGGUCUGCGGCUGCCCCCUGGUGGCGGACGUGUUUGUCGAGACGGGCGAGUUCUGUCGCGCGGCGAAGCGUAAGUGCAUGAAGCACUACAAGUGGGAGAAGCGGCGGCUCGCCGAGAUCGACAUGGAGCGCAUACGCCAGGUGCGUCACGUCGCGAGCACGCGCGGGGGUCAGGUCGGGUCGCAGAGGGGUUAGGUCGGGUCACUGAUGGGAAUGUUGUUGUUGCCGAUGGUGAUGCUGCUGCUGUUACUCCUGCUGCUGCUGCUGCUGCUGCUGCUGC